AUGAAUAGAGAUGGCCGAGAUACAACCCCAGUCCAGGUGAAAGUAACCUACGAUGAGAAGGAAACUAAUGAUGUACAGUAUGUACAGUACUGGAAAACACCAAGACCUGGACACAGGUUUGAGGUUGGAAGAUGGCAAUCCUUAGAAGAGAAAUAUUUCCCCAACCAGGUAACAGAUAUCUCUGCAGAGUCUGUACAUGAAGAUCAUCUACAGCAUGUACAUGAAGAUCAUCUACAGCAUUUCCAAAAUAUAUCUGCACAAACUGUUUCUCAUGAAUCCAAGCUUGAUGAAGGCUGCUAUGACGGGAAGAUGUACGGUGUAGAGCCUGGUUUGGGAAAUCAAUCUUUUGAAAGCGACUAUGAGCGACGGUACUCAGUGGAUUCCUACAGAAAAUCUGGCAGCUUCAGUCUUGACAGAAGACGAAGUUCUGGUAUGUCCUGGGACGAAAGAAGAUCGAGUAUGAUGUCAGACGAGAGACGAGAAAGUAACUUAACCGAGGAUAGACUUGGGCACAUAACACAAGACGAUAGACAUGGUGGGACUGUGUUGGAGGAAGGACGAGAAAACACUUGGAGUAACGAAAGAAUAGAGAGUAGUUCCAGAGCUGAUCGACGAUGGAGUACCAUGUCGGGUGAAAGACGGUGGAGUACAAUGUCCGAUGACAGACGGUGGAGUACAUUAUACGAUGAAAGACUUCAGGGGGAUAGGAGGGGAAGUAAUUAUUCGGAAGAAAAUCGGAGAUGGAGUACAGUGCUAGAUGAUAGAAGAGGGAGUACUCUACUAGAUGAUAGGAGAGGGAGUAAUUUGUCUGAUGACAGGAGAGGGAGUAAUUUAGCAAAUGAUUGGAGGGGGAGUAAUUUGGCAGAUGAGAGGAGAGGGAGUAAUUUGGCAGAUGAGAGAAGAGGGAUUACAAUCUGUGAAGGAAGAUGGGUGAAUAGUAUGCUAAAUAUCAGGCGAGACAGUUUGUACCAGGAGGAUGGGCAGGCUGGUUGUGAAAUCGGUCAUUCCGAUAUUUGUCCUUGUAGUGAUCAUAUAUGCCCUGAUAGUGGGCAAGCAUGUCCUGUUAGUGGGCAAGCAUGUCCUGGUAGUGGGCAAGCAUGUUCUGGUAGUGGGCAAGCAUGUCCUGGACUAAAGAAGGAGGAAGAACUAGGAGCAGCGGAAGGAGUGGAAAAGAGAGAAGACUAUAAAGAAGAUGAUGAAAGGAGAAAAUCUCAAGAAGAACUUGACUCUGAAACUCUGGGAAAGGAAAAGGAAGGCAAGAAUAAAGGAGAAUCCAAUGAAUUGGCAGAUCUAUUCUGCCUCACUCUUAGACGAGUAUGCACAAAUCUUCUUCUCUCCCCCUGCACGGAUUCUGGCAACGUAACAAAGUUUGUAUCGCUGCUUGAUAUGUGCAUGAACUCUGAAAUCUUUACUCAGCUUCAAAAACAGCUUCUCCUAUCCUGGAAGCUCAAGAUCAGAAGUAUUUGGCACCCUGUCCCUUUAAGGCGGAGCUCACUUCAGUACUCAAGACGACCUUCAUUUCAACCAUCACAAACCUUAGGCCGAAGAUUAAGUUUACAGACUCGAAGUCAAUUCUUCACAACUGUAUCUUGUCGCGGAGUAUCUCAAGCUGAAUUAGGCACCGGUCGAGAAACAUUGGUUCCUUCCAAUACUACCAUACUUCCUACUAUGCCACAAAGAGACCAAGUCCUAAGGGCCUCACUAAUGUCUCCAGGUUUUGUAGGAGACGGUGGUGGUUACAUUCUUCCUGGUGAUAAGACCCAGGUUGGGAUGGGUUGGGAUGGGUUAGAUCCUGUGUCAAGGUUUCUACCUGGAGUACCGCUAGAUUUUGUUAGACUCCCUGGAUAUCAUAUUCCCUCGGAUCCUGGCUGGUUUCCUGUCCCUCCUGCUCAUACACGGAUACAGCCAGUUCAAGAUCCUAAUUUCCAAUCUUCUCAGGAGUUAAUUUCAGGAUUCUCUCCAAUUCAAACUGCUUCAGUAGGUUCUAAACCUGCAAAAAGUUCCCUUCCCUAUGGUUUGAGAACAGUUCAAGAUCUUCCUCAAAGUUUCUGGAUUUCUGCUAAUGAUCCUUCUCUUGGUUAUAGACCUGUUCAGGACAGUGGGAGAAUAUUGCUUGAGCACGGAGCUAGAUUAAUGGAACCCGGAUAUUCUUCUGGUAUCGGAGGCAUUCAGAGAAUUGAACCUCGUUUGCUUGACCAAGCCAAGAGUAGAGAUAUCGAGUCCUGUAGUAACAUUGUGGAUAUAUCUAGCAGUAAAGAUUUCUCUAAGCCAGGAGAGUUUGGUGAUGGACCCUGUCAUAGACAAGAUCCAACCUCUAGAAGUUCCGUAGGAAGAGCAGACCCGGGAGGAUUGAAUAGGAUGUGCUUGGAUCAAGGAGCCCAAGCUUAUAUUCAGGAUCUGCUUCUACAGGAGCAGAAAAAGAAUCCAUUAAAACAGUCUUCUAGUGAUCAAUCGUGCGUCAACAAUAUUUAUGAAUCUAAAGAAAGUAGAAAAGGAAUGCCCCUGCAUAACGAAAGUCCAAUCAAAGAUGAGCUUUCACGUGGUCGUCAUGAUGGAGUCCGCCUUGCUGGGGUUCCUGAGGAUACACGGGAACCUGAGACCUCUAAGCCUUCCGGUCAGUUUAAACUGGUUAUUUCUAGUCCAGACAACAGAAUGCCUCAAAUGUUUAGUCACAAUAUGGCGCCAAGCCAAACCAUACAGAAUACACGCUGUGAGCGGGCAGGUCCCGUACCUUUACCAGUCCAAACUAGCAGCAGCCCACCCGCGCCAAAGGAAACUGGUUUAAAACCGGUUUCCGCGGAUAAUGGAGAAACCAAGAUAGACAGCGACCUGGAGUCCAUCUGUCUAUCUGUAACCCGACAUGCUUUAGAGUAGAUUAUGGAAUAUGAAUAGAUAUUUAUUUAGAUAUAUGUAAUAUGAAUUGUAUAUUGUAUUUCAUCAUACAAAGAGACCAAGGGAAUUAUUAUUAUAUUUUAACCGAAUGUCGUCUUUCUAAUGCCUGAACAAUAAAGGUAAAUAUAGAAAACUGCUAAAAAAAUAUGAAUUAUACCUAUGACUGUAGUGUUGUGAACUGUAUCUACGAUGUAUAACCUACUAAAUUCUCUAAUUAUAGUUUAAAGCCAUCUUGCCCACAUUCAAUAAAAUGUUCUAUCUAAUUAGUAUGCAUCCUGAAAAUUGUUUGAAAUACACAUUUUGAUUAGUGGAUUAAA